AUGGCAGCAGUUAGCGCGGCGAUGUUUCGGCCCGGGGGCGCGCUAGACCCCCCACUAUACGGUCAAAGGAUAUAUGAAGCACCAGAAAAUACACGUCCAAAAAAGUGGUCUUCGAAACUAAAAUUAAAUACAUCAGGAAGUUCUAAGUCUUCAGAAAAAUCACCAGAGAGUCCUUACAUGUAUGGUACUGUUAGUGGACAAGAUGGAUCUGCAUUAUCAAAAUCAAUGAAGUAUGCAGAAACUUGGCUUUACGGGUCUGUAAGGACUCAAACUCCUACUGUUAGACCUAGUGUUUUUUCAACUUACCCAGAGGUCUCUGGGCCAGUCUUAAUAAGUACUCCUCAAAAACCUACUCCACACAAUUAUGCUGUUAUAUUAUGUUCCUGUCCUGAAUACCUAAAUGGUACGAAGAAAACCAAUUCAACCAAAGUCAGUAUAUGUAAGAAAUGUAAAGGAUCUCGCUUACCACUAACGAUAGCUGAAAGUCCUCGCAUGCUUGUAGGUGGCACCGUUCGAGGUUCCCAAGUUAGUCGUGAUGUUGGCUUGUUAAGAGCUGGAACUGUCCGAGUUCAAAACACUAAAGCAAGACCUACUAUACUGAAACCUAAUGGUGAUUCUGAUCCUUAUGAUUUAAUGAGAAGAAGUAGACUAGUACCCCCUCACGAAACACGAAUUGGUAGUCAGUUUUCGACCUCAAGGUCACGUGCAAAAAGUAUUAGUCCUUGUCGAAUUAAAACUAAACAACCAAGUCCUGAAAUUCUUCAUAAAAACAGAAGUAAGUCCGUGAGUAGAGUUAAUGAUCUGUGGAUUGAAGAAGAAGUCAAUACAGUUGAUAAAAAGAAAUCUAUAUUAUCAUGCGACAUUAAUCCUUAUGACUUAGUAAAACCUGGUGGAGAAGAUUAUGGUGAUGUUUUUCAAGAAUCUCAUAAAAACAGUGAACGCUCCAUAAAAAAGUCUAAAACUGAUACAAAUGUAAAAGCUAUAGGUGGACAAAGAAUCCGUGUGUCAAAUGAACCAAAACCUAGUGGCAUAGAGGAAGUGUCGGUGUACGACCCUGUUAGUUUUGAUCUCAAAAACUAUGACUUUAAGUCAACUGAUAUGUCUUCAGCGUUGUCUUUACCAAACAUUAAAAAAGAAAGUAAUAAAUUUGCAUCCUUAAGUAAAAACAGUAGUAAAAAAGUUGUAAGUAUAUCAUCUACUAAUCGUACAAAGCAAAAAAGCGUGUCACCAAAAAGACCACCGAGAAGAGUAAGAAAUCAUAAGAUAGACGAUGACAGUGAAAGCGAUAACCAACGAUUACCUGAAAGAAGUUUUACUAAGAAAUCUUCAACAGAAAAUUCACGUAGUCCUAAAUAUAAAAACAAUAAUACGGACACAAUCAAAUCUAUUCUAAAAAAACCAAGAAGCUACGAAUUAAGUGAUUCGAGUACAAAAAUUGAAACAUCAGAUGAUUUAUAUGAGAGUAAGCGUACUAAUUCAUCCCAAUUUUACCUUCCGAAACCUAAAGAUAAAGGAUUGAUCUCACCCCAGAAUAUUUAUCAGAGAAAACGUGUACAAUUUCUUGUAGAAAAUGAAGAGACCAAAGUAAUUUAUACAGCGGAUUUAAAUUUACAUGAAAAUAACAUAAGCAAUGAUAAUCCAAAUAUUAUUGUUGAAGUUGCCACUGAAGAGGAAAUUGUUGCUGAAGGUGAUAUUGUAAGUCACAGCUUAGAAAUAAAUGAAUCUAUUAGUUCACAAGAAACGACGAAUUUGCAUAACGUUUCGGAAGUGUAUGAAGAUAUGCAAAUGCAGACUCAAGUAGAGAAUGUGAUAGAAAACCUUCCUACAAAUGUACCUACAAAUCUUGUAAUGGAGGAGCCUGCAGAUAGCAAUAAGGAUAAUAAUGUACCUAAGAUUUCGAUAUUACGGCGUUCAGAAUCUGAGAGAUUGGCUUCUACAAUAUCUAUAUCACCUCCAAAAUUUUUAGAUACUAUGGCAUUAAGAUCGAAAAAUAAGCAUGGCCACACAAGCCAAGUAUUUUUAGAAUUUGUCAAUGAAAUUGAAUCAGUGCAUCAGCAUAGGCUUGAACAGGAACCGCGAACAGAAUCAAAUAAAAUUUCUCAAGAUGUUCCAGCGCAAACAGACAUUGAUCUAGGGAAUUUGAGUGAUAAUAGUGAAAUAACAAGCAAUGUGUUAAAAAGCUUACGUUGUGGCAUAUCUGGUUCACCAGAACCUCCACCGAGACUAAAAUCAAAAUCCAAAAAGCACAACUACGUUAAAACGAGAUUUAUUCGUAACAAUUCUUCUAGUUCCACCAGCGAUGAGUGGUCUGAUACGAAUGAAAAUGAACAAAAAACUGUUUUAAGAGUUAAACAAUUCGAUUCUGAUGAUGGGGAUGAUCAAAAAGAAAUUAAAAGUAUUUAUAAAACCACUGAACUUGAACCAAGGAAAACUUCCAUUCAGAUUAAUGGUAAUGAAUGCUAUUCAACUAUGAAUGUAAAUAGUGAUAUACCAAUAUAUCUAUCAUCGGUGGUCGUUAAUGAUGACUAUAGCAAUAUGUGUAAUACAUAUCAAACCGGUACCACAGUAACUAUUAGUGUAGGUACUCCCCAAAAAGAAGUGAAAAAGUCUAAAAGUCAAAUUUAUAUCGGGGCAGUAUUUCCUGGUGAAAGUCAUAAAAAAGAAGAAUGCAAUACGUAUGAAGAUUAUUACAAUGAUGGUCGACAUUCAAAUUCAUAUUGUAAAGAAGAUAUGACUUCUAUUUUAAAUGAUCCUGUUGAAGCCGUAAGAAGAAACCUAAUACCGCACGUUUGUGGCAAAAAGGACAGUUCAGUUGGUAGCAUAGAUCCCAUAAAAGAAACCAAAUUAGGAUCGAGCAAGCACUCUGAAAGUGGAAAUCUAAUAACAAAACUAUUUGAUGACCCAUUUUUCGCACAUUUAGCGGAAGGGCUUGAUUCAGACUUGGUCAAAAAGUUGAUUGAAAACUCUUUAAUAAAACUCCAGGAAACUAAAAACCAAGAAGGGACAGAUAGCAGCAAAAUGACAAUUGAAAAACUUAUAGAAAGUUCUCUGAUUAAUUUAAAGGAAGAGGUCGAAAAAGAGAAUAAUAAAAAUGAAAACAUUAAAGUUGUACAACAAAAGAGCCCUACUAAAGAAAGUAAUGAUUUAGGUACUCAAACACCAGGAUGUCUUGAACGUGAUGAUAAAGGCUGCUCUGCUCCCUAUGAAAGUAUGGAGUACGAGAGCGGUGCGAUGGGAGUUUUUUCAGAUCUUGAACCAAUGUCGGAUUGUUAUAACGCGUCUGCGAGUGAAUUAUCAACGGAAGAUGAUACCAACUCUACACGAUCGAAAUUUUAUCAAAUGCUGGUAGAUGCAGCAAUAUGUGACAUUGAAAUCGCAAAUAAUACUGAUGAUGACCAUCACUAUGAGUCAAUACGAUUAAAUAAUGAUCCAAUUUAUGAGGAAAUAGGAGAUAUGCCCCCACCAUUACCUAUUAAUCCUCCGCCAAAUUCACUUAUGUUAUUAGACGAUGAAAAAAGAAGUGGAUCGCGUUCAAUAUUUGAAGGUGCCUCUAAGUAUGACAUUCUAUCCUACUUAGUAGACGCUAAAGAGAGAGGAAUUGAUGAUGAAGAGACAUACAUUACUAAUUAUGAGAAUGAUAAUGUAUCACCAACAUUAAUAGAUGAAGCGAAAGGAAAAACAGAAAUGAUUAAAACACACCUAAGCAGUAAUACCAGUCAGUUGUCAAACGCCUCUGAUUCAAGUGAAGACAAUUCUUUAGUAAUUAAUCAAGAAACAACUGAAAAAGCAGUCGUUUGUAAAAAACCAUCAGCUGAAAUUGAAAGAAAUGAUUCUGGGGUCGGUUCUGAAACAAGCAAAUCAUCUAGAAGUAGGUUACAAGGGAAAAUAAUGCCUAAUAAUAUUUUAAAUGAUAAAGAUGCGCCUAUACAUUUAUGUGAAGAUUGUGAUACAGCGGUUGAGACUCAAAUUACUGAGCAAGGCUCCAUAUAUGCACCGCUAGUAUGCCGUAAAUGUUCUAAGAAAAGAACUGAAAGAAAAGAAAUUAUUACUGAAAUUGUUGAAACUGAAGAGAAAUACGGACGUGAUCUUCAAAUAAUUCUUGAAGAAUUCUACAAACCCAUGUUAGUGGCUGGUCUACUUACACAGGAACAAUUAAGUGCGAUUUUUUUAAACGUCGAAGAAUUAAUUGAAAAUAAUCAAGUACUAUCGGAAAAAUUAAGAGAUGCACUCGAGAUAGCUGUAGAUCAAGGAGAUGAGGAUUUACUGACGGUCAAUGUUGGUAAAAUUCUCUUGGAGUGCUCCGGCAUGCUGACAGCUUUUCAGUCGUAUUGUGUAAAACAAGCUGGUGCCGCAUUACUUCUUGCCGGUCUUGAGAAGGAGAAGGAACUCCUGAGGAUAUUCUUGCGCGUCUCGCAAAUGGAAAAUGCGGUCCUGAGACGAAUGAAUCUUAACUCGUUUCUCAUGGUGCCGGUUCAACGCGUGACAAAAUAUCCGCUCCUUCUCUCACGGUUGCACCGAGCAACACCCAGUUGCGCAUCAGAAAGGGAAGACGUGAAGGGUGCACAGCGUUGCGUUGAAUCUCGUUUGGAAGAGAUCAAUGCUGCCGCAGCAGCUGCAGCCGCAGCUGCCAGAGAUGUGCCAUUGUGGAGACGCCUAGCAGUUGCAAGGCGAACUGCACACGACCUACACGUAGCAGAUAUCCGGUUGAGGAAGAUGGCUGUUGAUGUUCUCGAUUGGAAUCAUGAUGAUGCUAGGUUUGCGAUGGAAGGCAAGCUGCUGUUUACACAACCGAACGACAACAAUUGGCGCAAGGGUCGUACGAUAAAAUUGAUGCCGAUCAAUGCUCUUUUGGUAACUAAUGGAAAGCCAACGAUCGCACAUAAAACGAACGAAAUAAGAGAAACGAGGGAACAAAGAGAUCGAGAAGCGAGAGAAAGAGAGGGCGAUGCCCUUUUCGCCCGAAGUGGAGUUAGAGAGGCAGCACUACUGUUAGUGCGAGAAAAGGCAGGAAGAUACACUUUGCAAAGAGAGCCUCUCUUUCUAGACCGAUGCGUGGUCGCCGCUGAUCACGAACCGGAACACUUCUUUGAAGUCCACGAAAUAACUACGAAAGAUUCAUUUAUAUUUAAGGCAGAAGAAAGCGGUCGCACUCGCACUUGGUACCGCCAACUGCAGUACCAUGCGCAAGGCGCAGGCGCAUGGCGCAAACGGAGAAACGCGCUCGCAAACAUCAUGAUCAACCCAAUGCUUACGAGGAAC